AUGUCGACAGAAGUCAACUCGUCAACAAAAUUUGAUGAGAGAAGUCGUCGACAAAAGUCAUGUGAUAAGAGGUGGAUAUUAUCACGACUAAGAGCGGGACCACUCUCACUUAGAAUUCCGCCUCCAGAGGAAAUAAAAGAAUGCAUUGCAACUCCGGCUCCUGUCAGUAUUUCAGUAACAGUUGAUCAGCAAUAUGUCGAUAAAAUAUCAGAUGAUCUUCAAAUCCUUUGGAAAGUGGAAUCUAACACGGAAUACUUUGAUAAAAAUAAAGUUCAACUAACUUUGAAAAAUACAGGCCUUCAGAUAUUAGAAGGCAAAAACUGGGAAUUAUACUUCGAUACUCCGAUGAUGGUAGAGCCAGACUUUUUGCCCGAUACUCAAGCAAAUUUGGGAGAUCAAGGUGUAAAAAUACGACAUUCGAAAGGCACCCACUACAUAAUUUCACCCACAGAUAAGUUCAUCGACUUGAUGCCCGGGACAGAGAGGAAAAUACAGUUACAUCUAUCAUUUUGGACAAUUUCUCGAACAGACUCGUUCCCUAAUUGGUAUUUAAAAUUCUACGGAUUUGAUCCUCGAGUUAUCAAUAAUACCGCUGUGGAAAGCUUAGAUUACGUGUCUCAAUUGCAUACACCGAAGCAAUGGAAGCGAGCAACAACCGACAAAUUAAACCCCUUUACAGCCCAAGAAAGAUAUCGAAGGUACUUUAAUGAAUAUAGAACCAACAAUAAGGAUACAAAAAUAUCGAUCAUUCCCAAACCAGUCUUUAUCAGAGUAAUACUUGGUGGUGGUGAUGUAACUGUAGAUAGUGCUUGGUUGAUAGAAUACACACCAAACCUGUUAUCUGAAGCUACCUAUCUAAAAGAUGAGGCUGGCAUAAACUUAACUAAUGCACAGCCGACGGAAAAGGUGAUAAGGCUCAUAGUCGGAGGCGUUGUACAUCCCAACACGAAUGAAAAUCUUGAGAAUGGGGAAGCAUAUAAAUUGGAAGUGAAUGCAGCAACAAAAGAAAUUGAAAUCACUGGAAAAACAAAAACUGGGGUUUUUAAUGGUAUUCAGUCUUUUCUUUCAUUGUACUCUAUGGGAGGUGUAAUAUCAACCCUUACAAUAGUUGACCAACCAAGAUUUCAAUAUCGAGGCAUGCAUAUUGAUGUCGGACGUAAUUUUCACUCCAAAUCUUCUAUAUUAAAAUUACUGGAUGCUAUGGCGAUGGUGAAACUGAACAAACUCCACUUUCAUCUGUCUGAUGAUGAGGGUUGGCGACUUGAAAUUCCAGGUUUACCGGAACUAACAGAGCUGGGGUCCGGUCCUUACACUCCCAAUUCCGGUUCAGGAUACUACUCUGUAGCUGAUUAUCAAGAAAUCCUUCGCUACGCAUCUACAAGACACAUACAAGUUAUUCCAGAAUUCGAUAUGCCAGGACAUGCUCGUGCAGCGAUUAAGGCCAUGGAAAAAAGAUAUAACAAUUUAGUUAAAUCAGACCGAAAUGCAGAUGCAGAGGAAUAUCUUCUUCAUGACCCAACUGAUAAAUCAAAAUACUGGUCUGUCCAAUUCUUUGAUGAUAAUGCAGUUAGCCCUUGUAUAAACUCUACCUACAAGUUUUUAGGUCACGUGAUAGAUGAACUUAUAAAGUUGCACAAAGAUAUUCAACCAUUGAAAAUGUAUCAUUUUGGGGGUGAUGAAGUUGGAAAGGGUGCCUGGGUAAAUUCCUCAAAAUGUCAAGAACUGAGCACAGGUAAACGAGGAUUAAAUAUGGCGGCAUGGGAAGACGGUAUGAUGAAAGCUGGUAAACCAUUUAAUAUAAGUGAUCCAACAUCGAAGGAUUCGUAUGCCUAUAUUUGGAAUAAUAUUUGGGAAUGGGGAGGUGCUGCACAUGCCUACAACUUAGCUAAUGCUGGAUACAAAGUCAUAAUGUGUCAAGCAACUCAUCUUUAUUUUGACCACCCAUAUGAGCCCGACCCUGAGGAAAGAGGAUAUUACUGGGCUCCUAGAUUCACAGACACAAAGAAAACGUUUAGUUUUAUGCCUGACGAUGUGUACCAGAAUAUUGAUUUUACAAGAUUCGGUGACCCUCUUGAUCAAAAGACAUUCUGUAAAGAUGAAGAGACAUGUCCAACUUUAACGAAGCCUGAAAAUAUUAUUGGUAUGCAAGGUCAUUUAUGGAGUGAGACUGUAAGGACACCAGAGGAAUUGCAGUAUAUGAUAUUUCCACGAAUUCUUGCUAUUGGAGAGAGGGCAUGGCAUAAGGCUGACUGGGAGACAAUUAUGGACAAAACUGAGAGAGAUGUACAGAUUGAUAUGGAUUGGGCAAGAUUUUCAAAGUCUGUAGGAUUGAGAUAUUUGUUUCGAUUAGAAAGACUUGGAAUUAAAUAUAGGAUUUCACCUCCAGGUGGAACGUACGUAAACUUCGCUAUACUAUCAAAUUGUUAG